AUGCAUGACUGUACAGUGUCGGAAGCAGAGGACUUCAUUGAAUCCUUACCCCUGUCUGUUGAACUGCCUGAUUCUUUUACAACCACAGAGGCCAAGGUUGAAGUCACUGGUCUGCUAACAUUCGGAAAGUACCUUUCAUGUUUACAGUGCCACAAAAAGGUAGCAGAUGGAUCUUUUACUGCCAAGAUUAUAAAAUGUGGUAACUGUAAUCUGACGCAAAAAAGAGAUAAAUGUAUUACCAACUGUUUUGCACAAGUUAAAGUUUCACAAGAUGACAACCAGUUCACUGUAACAUUCUUCCAAGAACAAAUUAAAAAAGUUUUUAAUAUCUUACAAGGUCCACAAACACUGGAUGAAGAAAAGAUAACAGAAGCACUCUUAGAUGCUCCAAUCUUAAAAAUAAAAUAUGACAAUAAAUCAAAGAUCAUAAACGAGGUAUCUCCCUAUAUCAUUUGA